AUGAUCGUUCGAGAAAGAAUUUCCGGCGAAAAGGACGGAGGGAAUAACGGAAGAAAACCAUUCUUAUUUAUAUUUUUCUGUUAUUGUCAUCCGGCAGAAUGGCAUAUAACUAUGUUGUUACGGCUCAUAAGCCGACAGCAGUAAAUGCUUGUGUUACAGGAAAUUUCACAUCUUCUGAUGAUCUGAAUUUGAUUAUCGCUCGCAACACUCGACUUGAAAUAUAUGUGGUUACUCCAGAAGGUCUCCGUCCUAUCAAAGAAGUUGGCAUCAAUGGAAGGAUAGCUGUCAUGGAGCUGUUCCGGCCUCCAGGUGAGAGCAAGGACCUCAUGUUUCUUUUGACAUCAAGAUACAAUGCAAUGAUUCUGGAGUGUAACCAGAAUGGAGACAACAUUGAUAUUAUCACCAGAGCCCACGGCAAUGUGCAGGAUCGGAUCGGGAGACCGUCAGAAACUGGCAUAAUCGGCAUCAUUGAUCCACUGUGCCGUGUAAUAGGCCUUCGACUGUAUGAUGGCCUAUUCAAAGUUAUCCCCCUUGAUCGGGAUAAUAAGGAGUUGAAAGCAUUCAACAUAAGACUGGAGGAGCAGAUUGUGGUUGACAUGCAGUUCCUACAUGGCUGUACCACUCCCACACUCAUCCUCAUCCAUCAGGAUCAACAUGGAAGACAUGUUAAGACCUAUGAAAUCUCACUGAGAGACAAGGAGUUCCAGAAAGGUCCCUGGAAACAAGAUAAUGUGGAAACAGAAGCAUGCAUGGUCAUUGCAGUGCCGGAGCCCUUUGGCGGAGCUCUAAUCAUAGGCCAGGAAAUCAUUACAUACCACAAGGGAGAUAACUUCAUACCUAUAGCACCACCAGCUAUCAAGCAAAGCACAUUGACCUGUCACGGUAAAGUGGAUGCCAACGGGUCGAGGUACCUGCUGGGAGACAUGAUGGGCAGACUGUUUAUGUUAUUGCUAGAGAAGGAAGAGAAGAUGGAUUCCAGCGUUGUUGUCAAAGACCUCAAAGUGGAACUGCUUGGAGAGACCACGAUAGCAGAGUGCAUUACAUACUUAGACAAUGGUGUGGUGUAUAUUGGAUCCAGACUCGGGGACUCACAGCUUAUCAAGUUGGAUGUUGAAGCAGAUGACAGUGGGUCCUAUGUGACCGAGAUGGAGAGGUUUACAAACCUUGGUCCCAUUCUUGAUAUGUGUGUGGUUGACCUGGAGCGACAGGGGCAGGGUCAGCUUGUUACCUGCUCUGGAGCUUACAAAGAGGGGUCCCUUCGAAUCAUUAGGAAUGGCAUAGGCAUACAUGAGCAUGCCAGUAUUGAUCUGCCUGGAAUUAAAGGUAUCUGGUCAUUACGGGUCAACUCUACAGACUACGACAACAUGAUAGUACUAUCCUUUGUCGGUCAAACCAGGGUACUGAUGUUAAAUGGUGAGGAAGUUGAGGAGACGGAACUGGCAGGGUUUGAAUCAGACCAACAGACAUUUCUGUGUGCUAAUGUCGUCCACAAUCAACUGCUACAGAUCACUCCUGUAUCUGUGCGACUUGUGAGCUGCGAGUCGCGUCGACUAGUUAGUGAGUGGAAACACUCUGGAGGAAAAAACAUCAGUCUGGCUUCCUGUAACACUGCCCAGGCUGUGGUCGCUGUCGGCAGUGAACUGUACUACCUGGAGAUAGGACAGGGAGAGGUCAAAGAAGUCAGUAACACAAUGAUGGAUCACGAAGUAGCUUGUGUAGACAUCACACCGCUGAGAGAGGGCUCAGACCGAGCCGAGCUCUGUGCCGUCGGGCUGUGGACAGAUAUAUCUGCUAGGGUGCUUAAGUUACCAUCAUUUGAGAGCUUGAAUGUUGAAAUGCUUGGUGGAGAGAUCAUCCCUAGGUCUAUACUGAUGACAACGUUUGAGGGCAUUCACUACCUAUUAUGUGCUUUAGGAGACGGCUCACUGUUUUACUUUAAUCUCAACAUUGACACAGGGUAUUUCUGUGAGAAGAGGAAAGUGACUUUGGGUACCCAGCCCACGGUGCUGAAGACAUUCCGCUCACUGUCCACUACCAAUGUGUUCGCAUGCUCGGACCGUCCAACGGUCAUCUACUCAAGUAACCACAAACUUGUCUUCUCCAAUGUCAACCUUAAGGAAGUCAACCACAUGUGUCCACUCAACUCCGAAGGCUAUCCAGAUAGUUUAGCCCUGGCCAAUGACAGCACUCUUACCAUUGGAACGAUCGACGAGAUCCAGAAACUACACAUCAGAACUAUCCCUCUCAUGGAAUCACCCAGGAGGAUAGCUUACCAGGAGGCAUCACAAUCAUUUGGGGUUAUCUCCACGAGGAUGGAUAUCCAGGAUAGCAACGGCAUGUCCCCGUCACGGGCCAGCGCCAGUACGCAUGCUGCUAUGACAACAAGUAGUUCCAAUGUCAAGAUGGUCACCACGGGAACCAGUACUAUGUUAGAACAUACGUUUGGUGAUGAAGUCGAAGUUCACUCCCUCCUUGUCAUAGAUCAACACACAUUUGAAGUGCUACAUGCUCACCAGUUGUUACAGAAUGAAUUCGCCACUAGCCUAAUAUCAGCAAAGCUUGGUGAUGACCCUAAUGUAUACUAUAUAGUGGGUACUGCCCUUGUACAUCCAGAGGAGGCGGAGCCUAAACAAGGGAGGAUAAUAAUAUUUCAUUACAAUGAAGGAAAAUUAAACCAAGUGGCAGAAAAAGAAAUCCGAGGUGCUGCAUAUACACUAUUGGAGUUUAAUGGCAAAUUGUUAGCCAGCAUUAAUAGUACAGUUAGAUUAUUUGAAUGGACGACAGAGAAGGAGUUACGGCUAGAAUGCAGUUACUUCAACAACAUAGUGGCUCUCUACCUAAAAACAAAGGGUGAUUUCAUCCAAGUUGGAGAUCUGAUGAAGUCCAUUACUCUUCUCUUGUAUAAACCAAUGGAAGGAACAUUUGAAGAGAUUGCCAGAGACUGUAACCCUAACUGGAUGACAGCUGUGGAGAUACUGGACGAUGACAACUUCCUUGGUGCAGAGAACUCAUUUAACCUGUUUACAUGUCAGAAAGACAGUGCUGCAACCACAGAGGAAGAUCGACAGAACCUACAGGAGGUUGGGAUGUUUCAUUUAGGAGAAUUUGUAAAUGUUUUCCGACAUGGCUCGCUGGUUAUGCAGCAUACAAGUGAAAAUAGCAUGCCUACCCAGGGCUCGGUACUGUUCGGGACAGUCAAUGGUGCUGUAGGUCUUGUGACACAACUGACUCAAGAUUUCUAUAACUUCCUGUUAGAGGUCCAGGGCAGACUUGCCAAGGUCAUCAAGAGUGUGGGCAAAAUAGAUCACUCUUUUUGGCGAUCCUUUCACACGGAACGGAAGACAGAACCUGCCGAAGGUUUCAUCGAUGGUGAUCUCAUUGAAAGCUUUCUGGAUUUAAAUCGAGACAAGAUGCAGGAGACAGUACAAGGGUUACAGGUAUAUAUGGACGAUGGUAGUGGGAUGAAGAGGGAGGCAACAGUAGACGACCUGGUGAAGAUGAUUGAAGAACUGACAAGAAUUCACUGAUAGUUGGUCACCAAUUACACUGACCUUAAAGCCCCAAGACUGACACAAGAGUGCCCAACAAGGGACAAAACUCUGUAACAGCUACUGCUGAAGUACCUGUUGUGUCAACACAAAACACUAGGGCUACAUUCGCGUAUCCUGGUUGAAACGGUACGUGUGGCGCAGAAAUAUUCCACGAUAAACGAACGCACUUGGA